AUGCCGGAGAAUCCACCCAAUUCGCACCUGGAACCCCCUCAAAAGAGCGUGGAGUUAGAAGACCCCGGGGCCCAGGAAUCUGCACCCAACAGUGACGAUGAGGAUCACUUCUCAGACGCCAGUGAGGGCAAUCCAGGCUCACACUCUCGAACAGCCUCCGGUCACGCUUCUCCUAUUCCCCGGACUCGAGUCGAGAAAGUGGACGAUAACCCCUCCCAUGGAGAAGUCCCUGGAACAGCCGCCUACGGGAAGAGAGGGAAUGACUCGGUUCCAGAUGAGGUCGAGGUGAUCCCUGAGGGUUCACGCAGCAGAAGUCAAUCGACAGCGCAAUCCCCGUCCGAGAACCUUCCAGUUCCCCGGACGGUUGUCGAAAGGGUCGACCCAGAACAUCCAAGCCAUGGCGAUGUUCCCGGCACAGAUGCGUACGAUAAGCGCAGAGCAGAUGCGGUUCCUGAUGUUGUAACGACGGCCCCGGAGUCAGGUGGCACACCGGAACUCAACCCCGAGCCCGAGCCCAAUGAUGCUGUUGAUAGUACGGCUGUGCCAGAGACAGUGGUUUCACAAGUAGAGACUCCGACUGAAGAGGAGUCCGAGUCAAGGCCACGCGCACAUCGUCGCAGGCCCAGUGAUGCUUUACCGGAUUCAGUAGAAACUGUGCCAGAUGCUCCAGAUCUGCAAUCGUCGCCCGCGACUAGUGUCGAGCAGGAAUCAUCAGCUAUAAUUGGAUAUGACCAGCAAAAGAUGGAUGGCGAGAACAACAUUGACGAUAAUGGCACAGCUAUGCCGGGGGCUCUGCCAGAGGACGAAGAUGAUGCCGUGGACGACUUCGACGACUUUGCAGAAGAACAAGAAGAGAUGGGAGAUGAUGAUUUUGGAGACUUUGACGGUGGCUUCCAAGAGCCCGAGGAGGUUGUUGAAGCCGAGGCCAUGUAUGAAGGCGCAUCAACUCCAGCACCUCAACCGCCAACACUUUCAGUCCCACCACUCAUAGACUUCGACACCAUCCAAUCCCUUCCCGACCUCCACGCCGCCCUCGAAGACCCCCUCAACCGUCUCUUCCCCACGUCCAAGAACACUACUUCCCUCCCCCCAGUCCAGCCCAUCGAAAACGCCUCCGCCAUCUUCCAUACAGACCGCUCUCUCUCCCUCUGGUCCCAACUCGUCGCGCCACCCCCUCUCCAGCCCCAAAACUGGGUCAAAUCGCGAAUCCGUCGCCUCUUCCUCGUCUCCUUAGGCGUCCCCGUCGAUCUAGACGAGAUCCUGCCCGCCUCGAAACAAAAGAAACUCGUCCUCCCAGGCGAUACAACUACCUCCACAGUCACAUCAGCAACAGCCGCAUCAACCACUCAAUCCUCGACCACAACAAGUACAGCCCAACAACAACAAACAAAAUCCACAACAUCCUACUCCCGCAGCCGCCAACCACAACCCCCACCAGACCUCGACCUCUCCUCCGUCGGCCGCCUUUGCUCGACAACUGACGCUGCGCUCUCAGGCCUCACAGACCCGGAACUACAAUCGCACGUCGACGAGUUACACGGCGUCACGCAGACGGCGAACGCGGUGCUGGAGUACUGGCUGAAACGGUAUGAUGAGCUGGUGAAGGAGAAGGAGGCGUUUGAGGGUGUUAUUGAGAAUUUGGUUAGUCAUGCUAGGAGGGUUAGGAAAUAG